AUCAUCCUCUUCCUUCAAUCCCCCCCCACCUAAAUUCUGUUUCGGCGGCUGAGAAAUAUAAGUAUGGAGUUAAACCAAUCGUUCCCUCACAUUCUUGCCAUUGAGAGGCUGCUUACUGGUACCAAAACCACCCCAAAGAAGACCCCGACUCCGCCGACACCCUCGCCAUCGCCAUGGGAAGCCUUUCGCUUGCGGUAUCUGAUAUUCAAACGAGCACGAGCGGGAUGAGGGGUAGCCCGACUUUACUGUGCACUCCCCUGAUGGGGACCACCGUGGAUCAGAUGCUGAUUGAGAUGAGGAAGGCCAAGGAGAUCGGGGCAGAUGUCGUCGAGGUUCGGUUGGACUGCUUGAGGAAGUUCAAUCCUUUCCAGGACCUCGAGAUCCUCAUCAAACGGUCUCCUCUUCCCACCCUUGUCACUUACAGACCAUUCUGGGAAGGCGGUCAAUAUGAUGGGGACGACAACAAGAGACAAGAUGCUCUACGUUUGGCUAUGCACCUGGGCGCCAGCUAUGUUGAUAUCGAGCUUGAGGUCGCUUAUGAGUUCAUUAAUUCUAUUCAUGGAAAGAAGCCAGACAACUUCAAAGUCAUUGUCUCCUCCCACAACUUCCACAAUACUCCAUCUUCUGAAGCCAUCGGGAAUCUUGUAGCUAGAAUACAAGCUUCUGGGGCUGACAUCGUUAAAGUAGCAACAACCGCUUUGGACAUUACGGACUGUGCACGUGUUUUCCAAAUAAUGGUCCACUCUCAGAUUCCAACAAUAGGAAUUGUUAUGGGAGAGAGGGGCCUUAUUUCCCGGCUACUUAGCCCAAAGUUCGGAGCAUAUCUCACUUAUGGUGCCCUCGAUACCAGUGCUAUAUCAGCUCCGGGUCAACCAUUGGCAAAGGAUUUGUUGGAUCUCUAUAACUUCCGACUCAUAAGGCCAGACACUAAAGUGUAUGGCAUUAUCGGGAAGCCUGUAGGCCAUAGCAAGAGCCCUCUUCUGUUUAAUGCAGCUUUCAAGUCGGUCGGUCUCAAUGCAGUCUAUGUGCACCUUUUGGUGGAUGACGUCGAGAAGUUCUUCGAGGCCUAUUCGGCUGUAGACUUUGUUGCUGGAUGCAGUUGCACAAUCCCUCACAAGGAAGUUGCAGUUAAAUGCAUGGACGAGAUCGACCCCAUUGCCAAGAAAAUCGGUGCCACUAAUAACAUCGUGAGGAGACCUGAUGGGACGCUGACUGCUUUCAACACGGACUAUAUUGGUGCUAUCUCUGCGAUCGAGGAUGGACUACGAGAGCUAAAUGGUGCAACUCCCGGAGUGGGCUCGCCUUUGGCGGGUAAAUUAUUUGUUGUACUUGGAGCUGGCGGAGCUGGGAAGUCACUUGCCUAUGGAGCUGCCCAAAAGGGUGCUCGGGUUGUUGUUGCCAAUCGAACACUGGAACGAGCCAAAGAACUGGCUGAUAAGGUAGGAGGGCAAGCUAUGACUCUUGAUGAAGUCGCUAGUUUCCACCCGGAAGACAGGAUGGUUCUUGCCAAUACUACCUCUGUUGGCAUGAAACCAAAUGCCGAUGGGACCCCAAUACCCAAGCUAGCUUUAAGACAUUACUGCCUAGUUUUUGAUGCCAUUUACACGCCAAAAGACACCAGGCUCCUCCGAGAAGCCAGAGAGUCUGGAGCUAUCAUUGUGUACGGAACUGAGAUGCUGAUCCGACAGGGCUUCGAGCAGUACAAAAAUUUCACGGGUUUGCAAGCCCCGGAAGAGUUGUUCAGGACGCUCAUGGAGAAGCACGCGUAGAACGUUCAUCAACGUGAUCUCAUACCGAAGCUUAGGGACGGAAAAAUUUCGAUAUUUCUUUAAGUUCUGCUGUGUUAUAAUCAGGUGAAAGGGAUCUGAAUAUUUUUCCCUCCAAAAUUCCAAAUAUAAAAUUUCAUUAACUAGGAAACAAAAUUAUUUGAACUCAAUUUUGCCAAGUCGUGUAUUGAGGAAAGGACUUGUAUGCCCCUGCUGCGGGUCUUACUAGUGAAAUAAAUGCAUACAUGUUUUAUUCUUAGCGUGAA